AUGGAGGUGUAUCAGGCCGUGUCCGUCUCUUCCUCCUUCAGUCCUCAUUACUCGGCCGCCAAGUCGGAGUCUUUCGACAAGUUGGCCGAGGAUUUCGAGGCGACGCUCGACAUCUCCGACGGCAAGCCUGAUGGGUCUGAUACCGUAACCGAAACUGCAGAGCAAGAGCCGCAGCUCGAGGAAGAAGACGAAGAAGACGGGGAUUCGGACUUCGAGUUCGCUUGCCUCAUCCCGGGAGGUUCGCCGGUCUCGGCCGACGACGUCUUCGACAACGGCCAGAUCCGCCCGUUUUUUCCUCUCUUCAACCGAGACCUUGUCUUCGCCGACUCCGAGCCAGGCCCUUCGCUGUCGCCGUCGGUUCUCCGGCCUCCUAUGAAGAAGGUGUUCGCCGAAGCGGGCGUCGGUGGCGGGGCGGACGAGCCGCGGGGGACGUACUGCGAGUGGACGGCGAGGAUCAUUGAGGAGACGCCUCCCUCGCCGGGGAGCUGCCGGAAGAGUAACUCGACCGGAUCCUCGAAGCUGUGGCGGUUCCGGGACUUGUUGCCGAGGAGCAACAGCGACGGCAGGGACGCCGUCGUGAUGCUGAGCCCUCCUGCCGACGCAAAGCCGAGCGAUCGCGGCGUCGAGAAGGCAAGGAGGUCGACAGAGAAGGCCGUGGAGAGGAAAGAGGCGAAGGUCGAGGAGGCGAAGAAAGGGAAGGCGAAGGCGAAGGGCAAGACGACGGCGCCGUCGGCGCACGAGAAGCACUACGUGAAGAGCAGGGCCGCGAAGGAGUCGGAGAAACGCAAGUCGUACUUGCCGUACCGGCGAGACCUGCUCGGGCUUGGGUUCUUCACCAGUGUCAAUGGGUUGAGCAAGAAUCUGCACCCAUUUUGA